CUGGCUCUUACGGAAAAGAAGCACUGGUUCCAGCAAUAAGGUAGUUCCAGAAAUGAUGCGGGUUGUAGUAAAUUCCCAAGCCAUGAUUCUUUUUCCAUGAUGGAAAUAUCGACCAAGCCAGAGGUUGAGCAGUGUUUGUCUGUGCACACAGCGAUCAGUCUCUGUACACACUUGUACCUCUUGCUGCUUGAGGACGUUGUAUGUAUGUGUGAUGUCAGAGGUCAAGAAGGCCACAGAGAGGAUGUGUGAGUCAGGGUGUGUCUUACAGCAAGCAGGAAAGUGACAGAAAAAGGGCAAAGUAAAUGACAGAGAUGGUGUGGGGCAUCAAGGGCGUGGACUAUCUCUCACUAUAAAAAGGACUGGAAAGUAGUUCUCUCAGACAAGCACAGAAAUUUACAGAAAACAUCAAAAACUGGAUUUUACAAAGACAUCACUGAAUACUUGCAAGAAUUAUACGCCAAUGGCCAACCAUAAGGCUAUACUGAGUGGUAUAGACCUCCAGUAUUAUGAAAAUAACCAUGCUCACCGAACAGAGGAGAUGGACAGGGAGCGUCUGCUGGUGCGCAGAGGUCAGCCAUUCUCUGUGGUGCUGCAGUGUCCUGAGAAAACUCCACAACCCCCAGACCAACUGCUCAAUAUCAUACUACACCUGGGUAAAAAUAAAGAAGUGAUCCUGAAGAUGUCCGACUCCGAGCAGGAUAAUGAGAAAUGGUGGUUCAGCCGGCGUAAUGCUCAGGGUGAGGUGAUGCUGACCCUCCACAGUCCUGCUAAUGCUCCUAUAGGAUUGUACAGCAUGACUGUGCUUCUGCUGUCAGCUGAUGGUCAGAUUCUGGAGCAAACUGAGUCUCAGACAUUCUACCUGCUUUUCAAUCCGUGGUGCAAAGAGGACUCUGUGUACCUCCCCAGUGAGGAACUGCUGCAGGAGUACAUUUUAAAUGAAAAUGGGAUCUUGUAUCAGGGCUCCUGGGAUGAUAUCACCACCAUGCCCUGGAACUUCGGACAGUUUGAAAAAGACGUGGUGGAUAUUUGCUUUGAAGUGCUGGACAAUUCACCAGCAGCGCUGAGGAAUUCAGAGAUGGACCACAUCAACAGAGCAAGCCCUGUUUAUGUAAGCAGAACCGUUACUGCCAUGGUAAAUGCUAAUGAUGACCGGGGAGUUGUGUCUGGCCGUUGGGAUGGAGAAUAUAGUGAUGGUGUGGCACCCACACGUUGGACUGGCAGUGUGCCCAUUCUAAGGCGCUGGAGUGAGGCUGGAGGACAAAUGGUGCGUUAUGGUCAGUGCUGGGUGUUCACAGGUGUGGCCUGCACAGUCCUCCGCUGUCUUGGCAUUCCGACCAGAUGUAUAACCAACUACUCGUCUGCUCACGACACAGAUGCCAACAUCUCCGUGGAUUACUUGUUCAAUGAUAAGCUUGAAAGUGUGUCUGAAGGCAGGAAAGACACAAUCUGGAAUUAUCACUGUUGGGUUGAGUGCUGGAUGAAGCGUGGUGAUCUUCCAGAAGAUUACAAUGGAUGGCAGGUGUUAGAUCCCACCCCUCAAGAAAGGAGUGAUGGAGUCUUCUGCUGUGGGCCUUGUCCUGUCCAUGCAGUCAAAGAGGGAGAGCUGGGGUUAAAGUAUGACGCUCCAUUUGUGUUCUCUGAGGUGAACGCAGAUCUGGUCGUCUGGAUUGUUCAUCCCGAUGGGGAACGCUCCAGAGUGUCCCAAAACAGCAAGAUUGUAGGGCAGAACAUCAGCACCAAGAGUGUGUAUGGAGACUUCAGAGAGGACAUUACUGCCAACUACAAAUAUCCUGAAGGCUCAGUGAAGGAGCGAGAGGUUUUUAAAAAGGUAGAAAGGCAAGUGAAUCAGAAUAAUGAAGGCCCUGGACAGCUCGAGCUCUUCAUCAAGCACGCUCCAGCUAUCCACGGGACGGACUUUGACGUGAUCAUAGAGGUGUAUAAUGCUGCCGCAGAAGACACAGAUGCCCAGCUCACAGUGACAUCAAAUGGAAUAACCUACAAUAGUAUCAACCGGGGAGAGUGCCAGAAAAAGACAACUUCUCUCAGAGUUCCAGCUCGAAAAGCACAUAAAGAAGUAUUACGACUUCAGUAUGAUAAUUAUGGACCAUGUGUGUCUGAACAUCACAUGAUAAGAGUCACAGCGCUCCUUCAACCCACUGAUCACAACAUUAUCAUCCUGCAAGAAGUCAACAUUCCCUUGAAAAUGCCAGUGCUCAGUAUCAACAUUAUUGGAAAAGCGAUUGUGUCACGUAAACUGACAGCACACAUCUCCUUCUCCAAUCCCUUGCCUGUUAGUCUGCAAGGAGGCGUGUUUACCGUGGAGGGGGCGGGGCUAACGGAAGCAAGGGAGAUAAAAACACAUAGCAAAAUUGACCCCGGUCAGGAAGUGAUGGUUAAAUUGUCUUUUAAGCCCACUCGUGAUGGCCUGAGGAAACUGCUGGUCGACUUUGACUCUGAUAGACUGAAAGGCGUUAAAGGAGAAGCCACUAUCAUUGUUCGGAAAAGAAAGAAAAAUAUUAAUGCUGUCCCAGAAAUCUAAAUAAGCAUACACCUUUUAUAUCUAUACAUUGUUUGGUGUGUUGAAAAUUAUACUAUGAAUGCAAAAUACUUGACUGGCUA